AAAGACAAUGAGUCAUAGGUUUUGGUGAAGUGAGAUGAGAAGUGGGCUUUAUAAAGCUCAACACUAUCCCACAGCAUUAAAAUCAUUCAUUGUGUUGUUCUCUAACCCAAACAGGCCGCUAGGGUUUUUCAAAGGUUUAUUGUCAAAAGAACGAAACGAUGUCUCGUGUGUAUGUGGGUAACCUGGAUUCGAGAGUCACGGAGAGAGACCUAGAAGAUGAAUUCCGUGUUUUCGGUGUUAUUCGAAGUGUUUGGGUUGCUCGGAGACCACCUGGUUAUGCCUUUAUUGACUUUGAUGACCGCAGAGAUGCACAGGACGCUAUUCGUGAAUUAGAUGGCAAGAAUGGUUGGAGGGUAGAGCUUUCUCACAAUUCUAGAAGUGGCGGCGGCGGCGGUGGAGGUGGUGGGGGUCGUGGUCGCGGCGGCGGUGGCGGUGGUGGUUCUGAUUUGAAGUGUUAUGAGUGUGGUGAACCUGGCCAUUUUGCUCGUGAAUGUCGCAAUCGUGGUGGUUCAGGAAGACGCCGUAGCCGUAGUCCACCUCGAUUUCGCCGGAGUCCAAGUUAUGGGCGAAGGAGUUACAGUCCUCGUGGGCGGUCCCCCAGACGCCGCAGUGUUUCUCCUCGUGGACGCAGCUACAGCAGGUCACCAGCUCCUUACCGAGGACGUGAGGAGGUGCCAUAUGCCAAUGGAAAUGGCAUUAGGGAGCGACGCCGAAGCAGAAGUUGAUUUUUAAGAAUCGGUAACUGCAACUAUUGAGAGAAUAGAGAGAUUUUGACAAUUUGUUUAUCAAGUGGUGCCUCAAUUGCAGUAUGAGUCUGUUUUGUUGGAUUAUGGCUCGAGUAUCGACUAUUGUAUUGGAUUAGUUAUUUUAUUGAUGUCUCAGCUAGUGUUUUCUUUAUGUUUACAGAGUACUUGUAGUUUCACUGCAGAUAACCGUCUUUUUAAAGUUGUUGCUACUGUUUUUCCAGAUCUAUAUAAAGUAUAUGCUUGUCUCCUGUGAAGAGGAUUCUUUUUGUUCUGA